AAGGCAGGAAAAAUAGUUUCAGUUUAAAACUGCAGCCUGGGGGAACCGUGAGGAACCAUUCCUUCCAAACUCUGGAGUUAUGGAUUUUAAACUGAAUUCACCGGUUGGAUGUAUUUACUUCUCCGUGUUAAUUUUCAGAAUAACAGCAAAUGUAACCGGAUUUGAGAUUUCAUUCAACGUAAGCCGCCUAGCUGUUGAAUUUGGAGACUCCUUACAGAUGAACUGCAGUACAACAUGUACAAAACCAACAUUCAAUGUGGAAUAUAAGCCAGGCAUAAAUCCUAACAGAACAAACAGCAAUAAUUCGCUCAGCCACUAUUUCCCGAGUGUCCAGGAAUGGGAUCUUACAGUACCUUGCAGUGUGAUCUGUGAAUCAGGUGGGCUGAAGGAGGAGAAAAAAGUGAUCACGGUAUACAAUCGAGAGAUAAACAUUACUCCACCUCCUGAAGUGCUGGAAGUUAACAGAACAUAUAGUCUGGAGUGCACUGGUCCGAGGGUCUAUCCAAACAAUAAACUCAUACUCACAUGGCUGAGAGGGGGAGAGGUUGUUCAGAGUAAUUCCACAGAAGAAAAAGGUUCCCCAGAUGAAGAUGAAAGAUUGAGGAAUGUCUUCAGUUUCACUGCAAGUAUCUCAGAUGAUGGACAGGAGUACACCUGCUUGGCAGAAGUGGACUUGGGCUCCAACACCACAGAACCAAUCGCAAACUCCUCUGUGACUCUGCAAACUCACUAUAAACCAGGAGGCACAACCAUAUCAGUAAAUAACAGAACAGUGUCAGAGUUUCCCAUAUUUGUCAGUAAAGGGGAUGAGGUUACAAUAACCUGCAAUUCCAGUGGAAAACCCACACCUACAGUAAAGUGGGAAGACCCCAGUAAUGGCAGCAACAUUGAGAUUGGUCCUCCUGGAGUUCUCCGUAUUUCCCAAGCAACAUCAGAACAUCAAGGAAUUUAUAAAUGUCGAGCUACCAAUCAAUAUGGAAUUGAUGAGAAGGAAGUGGACAUCAGGGUCAAAGACGAACCAGGAGGCACAACUAUAUCAGUAAAUAACAAAACAGUGUCAGAGUUUCCCGUAUAUGUCAGUAAAGGAGAUGAGGUUACAAUAACCUGCAAUUCCAGUGGAAUCCCCACACCUACAGUAAAGUGGGAAGACCCCAGUAAUGGCAGCAACAUUGACAUUGGUCCUCCUGGAGUUCUCCGUAUUUCCCAAGCAACAUCAGAACAUCAAGGAAUUUAUAAAUGUCGAGCUACCAAUCAAUAUGGAAUUGAUGAGAAGGAAGUGGACAUCAGGGUCAAAGGUCACAUAUGGGCAUUACUGGUGACAGCAGGAGUAGUUGGAUUGACCUUGAUCUUACUUACAGGCCUUGUCUUGUACUGGAACUGCAUUCAUGCUCCCCGUAAAAGAGGACAUUAUCAAUUACACAAAACAAAACCCAACAAUAGUCCACAGAUCCCCAGUGAAAAUGACAUCAGGGGAACGUUCCCUUAAAAAAACUAUUACCUAGUGAGAUAACAACAAUUAUAAACAAGUUAAUAAAAUGAUAAUACAUGUCUUGAGGAGAAAUUUCAAUGAUCCUGUUGUUGAUAUUGUUACUGAGAGAUGCUGUUCAUUGCAAUAUUAAAGUCAACUUACAGUAAUUAAUGUACUAACUGUAAGGAUAACUGGUUGCUGACAA